GUUUGCUCGCUCUCUUCUUCGUCCCUUUAGUUCCUCGAAAUGGGCCGCCCGAUUCUCGCACAGCGCAAAGGCCGCAAGGGAGGUGUUUUCACCGCCCACACCAAGCACCGCAAGGGCGCUGCUCAGUUCCGCACCCUUGACUUUGCUGAGCGUCACGGCUACAUCCGCGGCCUCGUCAAGGAAAUCAUCCACGACCCCGGCCGUGGUGCCCCCCUUGCUCGCGUCCACUUCCGCGACCCCUACUGCUUCGCCAACCGCGAGGAGACCUUCAUCGCCCCCGAGGGUCUCUACACUGGCCAGUUCAUCAACUGCGGUCGCAAGGCUGCCCUUGCCAUUGGCAACGUCCUGCCCAUUGGCCAGCUCCCCGAGGGUACCGUCAUCUGCAACGUUGAGGAGAAGACCGGCGACCGCGGCGGUCUUGCCCGCACCUCUGGCAACUAUGCCACCAUCAUGACCCACAACCCCGACGAGAACAAGACCCGCAUCAAGCUCCCGUCUGGCUCCAAGAAGGUCCUCUCGUCAGACUGCCGUGCCAUGGUCGGCCUCGUUGCCGGUGGCCAGCGUAUUGACAAGCCCCUCCUCAAGGCUGGCGCUGCUUACCACAAGUUCAAGGCGAAGCGCAACAACUGGCCCAACGUUCGUGGUGUUGCUAUGAACCCCGUUGAGCACCCCCACGGUGGUGGUAACCACCAGCACAUCGGCAAGCCCGGUACCGUCCGUCGCGAUUGCCCUCCCGGCCGAAAGGUCGGUCUCAUUGCUGCCCGUCGCACUGGUCGCCUGCGUGGUGGAGCCAAGAGCAAGCUCGAGCUCGAUUAAAAGCGUUUGUCGUGUUGUUGCUCCUACAAGCCCUCUAUCUGGCAAAACGCGUGGUUGGGUCGUUGUUUCUUUGUGCUUGCAUUUGUUUUCCAAAUGGAAUAUAGACGACCGCCAUGUUGCUGUCCUUUUCUUACAAUGACA